AUGACGAUGAUUUGGGGCUGGAACACCGGAACAUCGGACAUUGUCAAAAAAGCAUAUUUUCCAAGUAAUGCUCCCUCGUUUCUAGUUCCAGCCGACCGACAAAAACAACGGAAAGGCACAGAAACGAAGAGAUUGGAAUUAAAAUCAUUUUUACGAUUUCUUGAAAGAUUUUCUCCAAGGGGAGUUUUUGGAUUACUUGAAGUCAACUUUUGUUAUCGUUUGGAAUUCUCCUCCACCACUGCACAGGAAAAGCAUCUGACAGAGUCGAGAGAAUUAGAAGAAAAUGACCACGAAAGAGAAUGGCAAAAUUUAUUGCGAGCUCUUAGUGGUCGAUUGGGAAUUUGGAACACGAUAAUGAUUAUGUGGCUACUUUCAAACAUCGAAGCAAUCAAACUGAUGACCACCUUGACAAUGACAAUGCAGAAGGUAAAAGCGAAGACCGAGACAAGUAAUGGAAUAGAUGGAUCAGUAGGACAAGUGAACGGCGAGUCGUUGGUCGAAGCAAGGUCGCUUUAUUACUUUAAAGCCUUCAUUUCCCGCAUUCAAUGUUAUGCUAACUUUAAUGGAUUGUCUUGGAUUCUUGUGGUGACUUUACUUUGUACAAAACGAGAUGAGUCUUCUCACUUCUCAGUUGGUUGA